AUGGAGGGUGUGGUAGCAAUGGUGGAGGAAACAAUGGUGGUGAUCGUCGGAGCUGGCCCGUCCGGGCUUGCAACCUCUGCUUGCUUAGGCGACAUUCCUCAUGUGAUACUUGAGAGGGAAGAUUGUUAUGCUUCUCUUUGGAAGAAACGAUCGUAUGAUCGCUUGAGUCUUCAUUUAGCAAAAGAGUUUUGCCACCUCCCUUUGAUGCCACUCCCACCAAAAAGCCCUACAUAUUUGUCCAAAAAGGAGUUUAUCGAGUACUUAGAUCGAUAUGUUUCUGAAUUCAAAAUUAACUCUCGCUUUCAUCAGUCAGUCGAGUCUGCUUCUUAUGAUGAGGUUGAGAAGAGAUGGGUAAUUGAAUACAAAAACACUCUUUCAGGGGAGGUGAAGGUCCUCGUUGCCAAAUUCCUGGUCGUUGCUUCAGGGGAGAAUAACGAAGGUUAUAUCCCUAAUAUUCCGGGAUUAGAGACCUUUCAGGGGGAGAUCAUGCACUCUAGCAUCUACAAAUGUGGCUUGGCAUUUCGCGAUCAAAAUGUUCUUGUAGUUGGGAGUGGGAAUUCGGGAAUGGAAAUCGCUUAUGAUGUUUCAAACUAUGGAGCUCUCACUUCCAUCGUUAUCAAAAGCUCGUUUCAUGUGCUGACCAAGGGAAUGGUACGCCUAGGCAUGUUAUUGUUGAUGAAAAAACUUCCACUUUGGUUGGUAGACUUCAUUGUCACAUCCCUGGCACUCUAUGCGUAUGGUGACUUAACCAGGUUCGGAAUCCGUCGUCCCAAGAGCGGCCCUUUCUACCUCAAGUCGACCACCGGACGAUCCGCGGUCAUCGAUGUUGGAACUGUCCAGAAAAUAAAAAAUGGAGACAUAGACGUUGUGCCAGCGAUAACGAUGGUUAAGGAGAAUUCUGUUGUGUUUGAGAAUGGAAUUGAAAGACAGUUUGAUGCAAUAGUCUUUGCAACUGGUUACAGAAGCUUAGCCAAUACUUGGCUUAAGGAUUACAAGUAUGGUCUGAAUGCAAAGGGACUGCCUAAGAACAGUUUUCCGAAUCACUGGAAGGGAGAGAACAACCUGUACGUCGCCGGGUUAUCAAGGAGAGGCUUGGAGGGAGUAGGCAAGGAUGCCAUAGCGAUAGCCGGCGACAUUAAGAAGAUAAUGAUGACUGGCCAAUUGAUGUUUAAGUAUGGUUUAAGGACUAGCUCUAGCUAG